UGUAGCUGAGAUAUAAUGUACGAAUUGUGAACAUUCUCAAAACUGUAUUGUACAUAGGUUAUACUUUUUUAUUGUGUGAACUUUAUUUUUUGUGGAACUGAGGUUCCGUGUGUCAUUGUUGAAGUGGGACAUUAAUCAGUGUAACGCCACCUGCGGCCACAUUGCGGGUGUGGGGUUUCCUAGCCAGAGCUGUACGGACUCCACACUGGUGAGGCAUGCUUUCUGUAGCUCUUCUCCCUGUACUAAAUUAUCCAUCUAAAUUCGGUGUAUUUGUCUUUGUUAAGUAUUGGCUCCUAGGGUUAAAAGCUCUCAAAGUGUUUUCAAUUGCUUUGAGUGAGAAAAAUGAUAUUUGGAACGGCGCUUUAUCUGUUAUAUCAUCCGUUUAUGUGGAACUUACUUGUGCUAAACAGGGGUGAGGAGAAGCCUGCUGCCGCUGUGUGACACUGAUUUUGCUGCUGCACUCUGUUUUAUAGGUAUGUGUAAAUGUGUAGUUUUUGUUUUAUGUGUAUAAUGAGCUCAUGUCCCGAGACUGUGCUCUGAGCAGUAUCUUCAGCCAUGUUGGGAAGAGUUAAAAAGUUGUUUGAAUAUGUAUUAUGCAAUUGACCUAUUUUAAUGGGAAUUUGAAUGUUAUACGUUAUUGUUAGUGAUUCCAUAAUUGUCUCUGUUUUACCCCACUGUAAUAUUUGAUUUUGAAGUGGCGGUUGUGAGAAUUGUUAUUUUGAUAAGUUGUAUUUUCUUUUAUAUGAUGCGAGCAGAGCUGUACGGACUCCACACUGGGGUGAGGAGAAGCCUGCUGCCGCUGUGUGACACUGAUUUUGCUGCUGCACUCUGUUUUAUAGGAAUAAACCCUGUUUCCAGCCAGUCCGUGUCUGUUGUCACAACGCAGUCGUCCAUUUCACAUCUGCUACAUAACAGUGGUGCCGUGACCCGGAUGCAUCUGAUCAGCCGCUGCCGAUCGCUGAGGUUGAGCUGAACACUUCCGACACCUGUAAUAUAAGUAAAAAUUCUGUGGGUCAGCAAAAAAAUUUCCAGUGUUCUGUUAGUAGGCAUUUCCCCCAGUUACACCUGUUAGAGUCUAACUGAGCCAUGUUUACUUGUGUUGUAUUUUUCUGAGUGAUAGGUAUUUUUGUAUUCCUUUUGUUUCUGAUCCUCUUUGUAGUUAUUGCUAACCUCCUGUAAGCAACAUGGCUGGUAGGGGCCAAGACUCCUUUAACCUUUUCACGCCAGUCGCUGGGAGAGGUUGGAGACUGUCUGGGGCAGAUGAAGUGAGAGACAGGUCUAUAAUGUCGCGUGAUGAGCCAGCAGAGUCAGAUGACAUUAUUCGAAAUAAAGCUCAUGAGCGCCAGUCCUCAACCCCUGCUUUGAGCGACGACAGCACACACAAAGAGCUACGUGAGCUCAUUGGUGAAUUGGGAACCCAGAUAGGUGAAUCAAUCGCUAGCCGGCUACUAUCCAGUCAAGUCCCACUUGGUCCAAACCAGACAGCCCCAGCCGAGUCCCCCAAAGUUAAGAGCCCUGACACCACUCUCGACCUCUCCAAAGUGAACUUAGUGGUCCGACAAGAUAUCAAAGACCCACCUAUGUACAGAGGUGAUGAUGCGGAUAAGUACUCUGUUCACGAGUGGAUAGACAUGAUGGAAGUGUACUUAGAGAAGAGAGGGUUGUCUAGAGCCGUGCAGGUGGAUGAAGUCUUAAACCACCUCCUCGGCAGAGCUAAAAACAUUGUUAAGGUGGGUUUGAAAAGUAACUCAUGUUCUGGUGUAGUGACCAACCCUGAGACCAUCUAUGCCAUACUCAGGCGUUAUUUUAGUGAUAGUCCUGGCUCCUGUCAACCACUGGCUGACUUCUAUGCCACCCAAGCAGUUGCAAAAGAGACCCCAGUAGACUAUUGGGUGAGGCUUAAUAUCGCUGCUGAGGCAGCUGACAAGCAUUUACAGCGUCAGGGAGGCAAAAUGGAGAACAUGGAGGCAGAGAUAGCCAUGAUGUUUAUCAGAAAUUGUCCUGAUCCCAGCCUCGCCUGUGUUUUCAAAUGUAAGCCCAUCAGUAAAUGGACAGUAAUGGAGGUUCAGGAAGCCAUUGAUGAACACCAAAGAGAGUGUCAUGCAAAAAAGAAGAGCCUGGGCUCUGCCAGACCCCAUCCCCUCCUCGUGGCCACUGCGACAACCACAAGCGAGUCGCCUGAGUUUGAACUGAACCAUGCCCAAGUAGGUACAGUAAAAUGUUCCCAGGACAGCCCGGUUAAGGCUGCUGGAGCUGCCGCUUCAGACCCAAGUGCUCUAGACCGCGUGCUCAGUAUGCUGGAGAGGGUGUUAGAGCGCUCCAACCAGCCUGUCCACCCCGUAAUUAGACCACAGCCUCUAGCCUCAGCCAGGUUCCCUUCGUGCCAGGUUUGUGGCAAUAGCUCACAUUCCACGCGCACUCACUGCAUGAGAGAGAGGAGAUGUCUAGGUUGCCUGGAGGUUGGGCAUCAGAGGAAAGACUGCCCCAGAGCAGCUGAGCCCAUUACCCAGCAAAAUAAUCCCCAGGGAAACUAG